AUAAAUGGGAAAGCUAACAUAGGCAAACUUGCUCACUGUUUGCUUCCCCGGAAACGAGAGCACACCGUGGUCUCGCGAUACUUCCGUUUCAGCCAAUCCGGAAACUACAACUACAAAUUGGGCGGCCAUGAGUGGACUGUUUGAGUGCGAGCAAGCAGACACAUGGCGGAAUGUUGAUGGCAAAUACUGGCAUGUUGUGGAGGCCAAGGCUAAAACGGGCAAGAAAUCAGGGAAGCUUCUUGACCUUGACAAGUGGUAUCAAGAGGAGCUGCCGACUCUCAUAUCAAGUCGCAGCGAUAAACAUGUCACUCUGUCAGAGAUGGUCAAGCUGAUGGAGUGGAAGCUGACUCGGGGGAAGUUCCGGCCUCGCCUGCAGCAGCUGGUGGCGUCCAACAGCGAGGACGCUGUGGAGACGUGCUCCACCAAGGCCUUCCGUCUCCUGCCGGAUGUGUCAGCGGCCAUUGCUGAGCUCAGCACCAUGAAAGGAGUGGGCCCGGCCACGGCGUCAGCGCUGUUGGCUGCAGGAGCUGCAGAGCAGGCUGCCUUCAUGUCUGAUGAGGCCAUGGAGAGCAUCCCGGGAUUGACGCCCAUACAAUACACUGCCGAACACUACACGCUCUACCUGGACAAGAUGGUGGAGAAGAGCAAAAAGCUAAACAAAGUGGACCCUCAGCAAGACUGGACACCCCAAAGACUGGAGCGCUGUUUGUGGGCGCUGGCGGUCGCUAAGCAACAGCAGCUCCCGCUUCUGAAGGAUGUGGACGUGAAGGGCAGCACUGUGGUGGAAGACUGCGCUGAUGCAGACCACAGACCGAGCAAGAAACUCAAAAAGAGAUGAAAUAUGUUUAGUGUGACUCAAUAUGUCCACUGAAAGUCCUGUAAACAUUUCUUUGACUGAUUUGAUAAUGAUUGAUUGAUUGAUGAUCUGUGAAAUAAACAACCACAAAAUUACAUUUUAUUCUCAUUAA